CCGCACUGGAACUGCAUGUCGCUUUGCCCAACCCAGUACCUACGCCAUCGUCCACCUUUCUCACGUGCUCCCGCGUUGGACAGUGCAGCAAGCGCUGCAGAUCGCACGCACCACUCAACGCGCCUGGCCUUUGUUCAUGGGCGUAGCAGCGCGUCACGCAAACAAAACGACUGCGAAACUAUUGCUACAAUUGUUCACCACCAAAUCGCAGAUCUGUCAGAUAAUGCAUUGAUAAAGCGCUACUCUAUUUGGUGUUUUAGAUGCACCCUCAUAAUUAACACAGUCGAAUCUUUACUCUUAAUCCAUGAUUGACACACCUUGAAGCCGCUCUUCGCCAUGGCUGGCUUGCCGUCUCAAUUCUCGCCCCUGCGAGACAUCCUGGACGGAAAACAUGAUAAUAAUACUUUUGUAAAUGUCAUUGGGUUUGUUGCGGAUUUUAUGCCACCCGUGGCUACUCGAGGCAAAGACUGGAAAUGUCAACUUAAGCUCACUGAUCCGUCCACCGAACACGAUAGUGCUCAAUUGCACGUCAACAUUUUCCGAGACCAAGCAUCCAUGCCGCAGGCCAAAUGCGGCGAUGUAAUGCUCAUUUUUGCUGGCAAGGUCCAGCAAUUCCAGCUCGGCCUCCAUUCCCUCAUUACACAUGUGACCACCUCUUUCUACAUAUACGACUCGAAGACGAUACCUAGACCCCCUAAAACUGCUACAGUGGCGAUGGUACCGAGCAACAAGCCCCAACGCCGUAAACCGACAGCCGAGGAAGACGGCUAUGUUUCCAAGUUUUUCCAUAGCUCAAGCAAGGACAACCUGCCAACCGAAGCCGAGUUUCAAGAACGGUCAACCAGAGCACUUGUUGUUAAAGACAAAUAUGUGCCACUUUCCAAAGCCGCUGACGGCAAGUUUAUCGACACAAUCGCUCAGAUUGUUCGCAAGCCAUACGACCUCUCCAGCAUGUACUCACUUUGGAUAUCCGACUACUCAGAGAACCUCGACUUCUAUCAGCAUACUAUGAAAGGACUAACCGCUUUAAACAAAGGCGACAGCUACGGCUACACAACACGCUUCUCAGAACCCAGCACGGCCACUGAUGAGGAAUCUUGGACCGGCCCAUUUGGCAAGCGAAGCCUGCAACUUACGUGCUACGAGCCGCAUGCCACCGCAAUUCGCACUCUCGAGCUCGAUGAAGGGUCAUGGGUGUAUUUAAAAAAUCUGCAAAUCAAAGUUGGUCGGAAUGGGGCCAAUCUGGAAGGCUACCUGCGUGGCGACCAGCAGUACCCGAGCAAGAUCAACAUCAUACCGUAUGACCUGAGCUCCAUGGAGCGCGAUGAAGCCGAUCCCCGGCUGCUAGAUGCACUCCGCCGGAUGCAACAGUACGAAAAGAUGAAGAAAGAACAGCUCGCUGAAAUCUCAGGCGCCGCAGAGGCUGGCAAGAAGCGAAAAGCAGCGGCUACGCAGGAAGAAGAGACCAAGGGCAAACGGAAAUCGAAUGCCAAAGCUAAGCGUGAAGCUGCGCGCAAAGGCAAAGCUGCUGCAUAUGAAGCAGCCAAUUCAAAUACACCAGACACUACAAACACUACGCAGUCUUUGACUCAAGAUGAAGCAAACUUAAACGCACCGGAAACCAGACCCAGCACACAAGUCGCCUAUGAUAGCAUAUCCGAGCCGGAUGAUGUCAAUAAACAAAUCAAAGCAGAUAAUCUGGCAGCCCACAGCAGCAUAAUCGCAGACAUGUUUGUCCCCGAGUACCAUCCAGUCAUUGAUGGCGACACCACCAUGUCCAUCCCUCUUCCCUUCGCCAACCGCAACUACCGCACCUAUGUGCGCGUCGUCGACUUCUACCCACACACUCUCGCCAAAUUCGCACGCCCGAAAAAGGCCAGUGCACAGCGUCCAGAAUCUCACCUCCUCGACGAGGAUUCUGCUCCAUCCUCCGACUACGACUCUGACGUACCCUCCUCGUUCAGCGCUACCAAGAACUGGGAAUGGUGCUUCUAUCUCAAACUCGAAGACGCCGACGUGCCUGACGGCCAAGACAAGCGAGCUAUCUGGGCUGCUGUCGACAACCCUUCUGGCCAAUGCCUGCUCAACCUUGACGCAUCCAACCUCCACGUCAACGAGAACAAGGUCCAAUCAAUGCGCGAAAAGCUUUUUACCCUCUGGGGCGACCUUGAAGAACUCGUCACCGAGCAGGAAGAGGCAGAAGAACAAGCCUUAGCCGCAGCUGCACGCAACAACGCGCCGCCCGACAGCUCGCCAGUCAAACCGGCACCCUCACAGGCUCUCUUGGCUGUAAAGAACAAGCCGUUCCCCUGUUGCAUCUGCCAAUACGGCGUGCGUGUGACCGAAGAUGACGAAACUAAAGCAGAUGCUGGCGAGAAUAAGCGCUGGCAACGCAUGUUUGCGCUCUUUGGCACUCGCAUCUGCGACUAGACUACACACUUAUCCCUGUACUUAAUAUCCCAUCCACCUUGGCUUCGAUCUACAAUGAGCAACAUCUCUUCUGUAUAUAGUUAAUUCACCCCGUGUCAUAGAGAGUCAGCAUGUAAAUAUGAAAUACUUUCAAUUUCGUCAAGAUAUAAACACGCCCAUGAGAAUCAUUAGAACAAUAAGAAACAAAAGCGCGAAACCCUUCAAGUCCAUCCAUCAAAACGACUACGUAGACGCCGCUGCUAUUUUGUGCAAAAAAGACCCUGGUGUACAUUUGACUCCGUACAUGUAAACAAGGCCGUCCAAAGCAAUACAAAAAAGAUGAGAAACAAAACGCAGGUCGUCCCGGAACCCAAGGUUCUCAAUGCCCAAUAUUUUCAACGAAAGUCUGCCCAGCCCAAAAACCCAAACCCAAAAACAAAGAAACUUAGUCGUCCUCAGCGUCGUCGAUGGGGUCCUCCUCAAGAAGCUCCCGUCUGAUGAGGUCUUCUCUGGAGCCCUCUUCAAUGUGCACCUCGUCAAACAUGUCCUCGUCGUCGACAGUGGCCUUGCUGAGCUGCACGGCGGGCUUCGGCGCUGCCUUCUUCUCUUUGCGUGCGAGCUUACUCUCAUCGAGAUAGGCCACAACUUCUUUGAAGUUGUUGCCCAGCUUGGUCUGGUUGCGCAGGAGACGACGGCGCAGCUUGUCGGCGUGCGAGCCGCGGUUGUCAAUGAGUUGGCCAGCAAUGGCGAGGACAUAUUUGGCCGUGAGUUCGCAGAGGGCCUUUUCGGCCUGGAGCUCGGCGGCAAAGCGCUCCUCCUUGGGCAAAUCUUCGUCCUCGUCGUCCUCGUCCUCGUCAUCCUCAUCGUCGUCAAUAGGGUCUUCGUCCUCAGCGGGCUCGUUGAGGAUUCUGUCCUUCUUGGCCUUCUUGGCAAACUGCUUCUCGGCGCCGUCAAAGAUGGAUGUCAGCUCGGGAAUCAAGCCAGGCUCGAUUUCCUGGACAAGCACCUUGAACUUCUCGGCGCGCGCUGAUGAGGCGCUCAGGGCGUUGAUCUUGGGACGGAGAGUAGCAAAGGAAAGAUGCAGAUCGCAGAGCGAACCUGUGGCAAAGAGGCGGAGGGAGUCAAUGACAGCCCGUGAUGAGAAUGUUUCGAUGAUGUAGCGGCGGUAUGUCUGGCGGAGGAUGGAGAGGCUGUCGAUUUCGCCGUCCGAGACAGCAGCACCGGCAGAGAGGCGCUUGGCAAGCGCUAGGAUCUUCCACAUAAAGUAGAACUGGCACGACUUGAUGGCCAGAGCCACCAGCUCGUCUUCCAAGUCGUCAAUCUCGCCAUCCUGCGGCACAUACUUACCGCGGUGGACGAGGUUGACUAGGAUCUGGAUGGGUGUUGAUUCGUUUUUCUUGGACUUGCCGGUUCCCUCGAGGACCUCGAUGCAAUCUGAGAUACUAGCCAGCUUGCUAAUCUUGAGCAGCAGCGUGAUGAGCUGCUGCAAUUGGUCUUCAGAGAGGUUACCGCGGACGCUAGGCUCGCAAGUCUUUUCAAUGCUCUUGAGAGAUGCGACAACAUUCUCCCAUAGCACGGAGAUUUUGCUGUCCGUCAGCUCCUCAAGCUCAUCGUAUUGUCUGGCGUGAAGCAGCGCGGCUGUGGCCUCUGCAAGUACUUGUUUGUCAUCGUGUCGCAUGAAUUGUGUGCUAAUCUCGUUGAGAAGGCGCUCGUACUUGGUGGCAUCCUGUCGCAGCUGCUGGAAGACAUCGAGGUUGAGAUAGUGUUCGAGGCGGAGGACAAUGGCUGCAGUCUCGGCCUCGGCUCCGAAUUUGUUCAACAACUUGGGGAUGAUGGACGCAAGCUCAACGGCGACGUCCUCCUGAGACUCAACCAAGUCUGCGCGACCACGGCUUCUGGCUUUGUCGGGGUCUCCAAUGUGUGAGAUGCUCAUCUUGACGCCGGCGCCGAGAACCUCGAGCAGAAUGGUUUCUUCUUCGCUUGUCGGGGCUACCGUUUGCUUGAAGACGGCUUCUGGCGACGCAUUUUUCGAGCGACCCUUAGUGGCUCUGGCUUUGGUGCUUGUGGUGUGAUCAAACAGGAGAUAUCCAGCCAAAACCUCCCAGUUGCUAAUCUCAGUAAUCUUGUCGUACAGGACUUGUGCGGCAAGGGCGACACGUGUGUCUGGGACAGCAGCCUCCAACAUAUCUAGGGCGAUGGUUUGACCAGCAGCUCCAGCACCAGACUGAGUUUCAUCGACUUGUGAGUUGUAAAUCGCCAGCGUCUCGGUAAGACACUUAAUGUCGAGCCACUCACGGCGAGGAGAGUCGAACUCGUCGUCCUCGCCGGCGUCAAUCUCCUCCAAAACAUCCGAACCGCCCAUGGCCUCCAGCUUGCCUUCCUUGACAUCCUCAAGACAGGCGACGAAGAAGUUGACGACAGCCUUGCGGAUUCUAAUUUCAUUGUCGAAAACGAGCUUGCCAAUGGCAUCAAUUUCGCUAGGGUCGAGUAACGCAGCUUCGCGCAAGGCAUCAAUAACGGAGAUGGCCGCCACUCUAACAGAGAUUUCCGAGUCAAUGGUUGCCAUCUCUAUGAGGCGAGGACGGAAUCUGUCGAUGAAAUGGCCAAGCUUCUCUGCAUCUCGUCUGAAAACCUUGCCCAGCUGCUUGAGUACUUCGUGACGCGUAGGAGCAUUGGUAUCAGACAGCAUCCAUCCCAGAUAGCGUAGGUAGCUGGGCUCCAUGAACACUGUAGGCAGGUUCCAGAUCCAGGAUCCAAGCGCCUCGACACAUUCGGUUCUGAUUUUGGCGUCGACAUCGCGGUAUCUGUGCACAAACACGGUGUCGAAAAAGGACUGGAUCGAGUGGUUGCAAAUUUGGCGAUGGCUGUUGGCCUCGGUCAAGUUGCGCUGAAUUUCCGCAGACUUGGUCUUGUUAGUCUUUCCGCGCUUAGCAGCAGCCGCUUGCUGUUCAAUGUUUGCUAUUCUUCGGUCGAGGAUGCCGGCUACGUCAAUAAGGCCGGACUGUGUGGCUAGAGAGAUGGUGGUGGCGGUGUGUCGGAAAGGUCGAAGCGCCGAAGAGGACAUACUGGCUAGCCAAGCAUGCAAAUUUUCCAUCAGAUUGACAUCUUCGUACAUGACGUCUGUCUCAUGGAUGAGCGCGACGAGCAAUUCGAAGAAUGAAACAAGCAUAUCGCGGAACGAUCUGGUUCCUUUGGCGCGGGAUACCAGCGGGUAAUCGGUGAUGCUUUGCUGUAG